CCAUCCUUCAUCAGUCUGGACCUCGCCUCCCUCUUCAUCGCAGACCAUCGAGGAGAGAAGCUGCUCUUCAUCUCCGUCCUGCUGCUCAUCCUGAACGACAUCCUGCCCUGGACUCAGAGGUGUUGCAGUCAUGAUGCUUACUGGUUUCCUCUUUCUGCUCUUCCUCACAGAUGGGGUGUACCCUGAGAGUAACUGCAGUUAUCAGGAUGUUUUAAACCACCUGAAUCUGACCAAGAACAAUGAGUUGUUCUCAAUGACGCGGCCCGUUAAACACUACAAACGCCCCACGCGGGUAUCCCUGGAAGUACUGCUCUACGCCAUUCUGGAUGUGGUUGAGAAAGAACAGAAAUUCAUCCCUUAUGUUUGGACUGUCAUGAGGUGGCACAAUGAAUACAUUUCCUGGGAUCGAAAUCAGUUUUGUGGAAUUGAUAAUAUUUCUCUUCCUGCUGAAGUUUUGUGGAAACCAGAUCUCACUAUUGAGGAAAUGACAGAGAAGGACAAAGCCCCUCCGAGUCCUUAUCUCACCAUCAAUGAUAAAGGUGAUGUUGAAGUCCAGAACGACCAGGUGCUGGUCAGCACCUGCAGGAUGCACACUUACAAUUUCCCCUUCGACAUACAGAGCUGCAACCUCUCCUUCAAGUCUGUCAUACACACCGCAAGGGACAUUCGGCUCCAGCCAAGCGACAACUCUUCAGAGGCCACCGAGUGGUCUCGUGAGGUGAUGCGGACCCAGUAUGAGUGGCUGUUCAUCAACAUGAUGGUUACCGCCUACAACGCCAGUGAUCUGGUCGGCCAAGACAUCAUCGUUUACACUAUUACCAUGAAGAGGCGGUCUAUCCUCUACAUUGUCAACUUCUUGGUACCCGUCCUGUUCUUCUUGUGUCUGGACUUGGCCUCCUUCCUGAUCUCAGACAACGGGGGCGAGAAGCUCAGCUUCAAGGUCACUGUGCUGCUUGCUGUCACCGUGUUGCAGCUUAUUCUGAAUGAAAUUCUGCCCUCUUCUUCAAACAGGAUUCCUCUUAUAGCGGUCUACUGCAUUGGGAUUUUUGCUCUGAUGCUGCUGAGCCUCCUGGAGACGAUAGUCGUGAUGCAUCUGAUGGAGAAAGACUCCCGAGCAUCCCAAGACAACGAGGCCGAUAAAGACCGAAGCCAGAGAGAGGACUGUAACAAACGGGGCAAGGCCAACUUCAACAACUGUCACGGAGAGGUGCACGAUUGGACUCAAUGUGCGUGUAUCUACGAUGUGUCUACUGGUGAAACUCCAUCUGAGCUGCUGCCUGUGGCCAAAGAGGGCAACAGCAGUAAACUGAUGGAGGAGUAUCAUGCCUUGGAGAAGCUCUCAGAUGAGCUGAGGGAGAUGGAGAGAACGCUGUCGCUGCUCCUCUGCAACAGGAAGGAAGAGGAGAAGCCCGGCUACUGGACUGGAGUUGCUAAAAUAGUCAACAGAGUUUUCUUUAUUUUCUAUAUAACAGUGGUCAGUGUGUUUUUAAUUAUUAUCUUUGUAAAAUGGAACAAUGCAUAGAGGUCAUCAUUGCGACAUAAUGAAAACAUGAGUAACUGUUUGCUUUGUUAUUAGCUAUACCCACAGCUAAUUAUCAUUAAAUGUUCCUUCUUUUCUCCCGUCUUAAUUUAGCUUAAUAAACUCAGAAAAAAAGUUUGGAAAUUUGUGUUUGGUGGAUUAUUUCUCUGUUGUUACAAUGCUAAUUGGCAUUGUAUUUCACAUCGUUGGAAAGCCUGU